CCUGGAAUGGCCAAAUAUCAAGGGGAAGUUCAAAGUUUGAAACUGGAUGCUGAUUCAGUUAUAGAAGGAGUAAGUGACCAAGUACUUGUGGCGGUUGUGGUCAGUUUCGCUUUGAUUGCUACCCUGGUAUAUGCACUUUUCAGAAAUGUACAUCAAAACAUUCACCCAGAAAAUCAAGAGCUUAUAAGGGUACUUCGAGAACAACUUCAAACAGAACAGGAUGUACCUGUUGCUGCUCGACAGCAAUUCUACACUGACAUGUACUGUCCAAUCUGUUUACAUCAAGCCUCUUACCCCGUUGAAACAAAUUGUGGACAUCUCUUUUGUGGUACCUGCAUUAUUGCUUACUGGCGAUACGGUUCAUGGCUUGGAGCAAUUAGUUGUCCAAUCUGUAGACAAACGGUAACUUUACUCUUAACAGUAUUUGGUGAUGAUGAUCAGUCUCAGGAUGUUGUAAGAUUGCAUCAAGAUAUUAAUGAUUAUAAUCGGAGAUUCUCAGGGCAGCCCCGAUCCAUUAUGGAAAGAAUUAUGGAUCUACCCACUUUACUGAGGCAUGCAUUCAGGGAAAUGUUUUCAGUCGGAGGCCUUUUCUGGAUGUUCCGCAUUAGGAUAAUACUUUGUUUAAUGGGAGCAUUUUUCUACCUUAUAUCACCUCUAGAUUUUGUACCUGAAGCCUUGUUUGGAAUUCUAGGCUUUCUAGAUGAUUUUUUUGUCAUCUUUUUAUUGCUUAUCUACAUCUCUAUUAUGUAUCGAGAAGUGAUAACCCAAAGGCUAACCAGAUAAAAAAAAAAAAAAGUUUGCUAGAAUAUCUGAGCUAAUGUAUAAAAAUCAAACAAAGGACCAGUGGCAGUAUAAAGUAUUUGAAUAUUAUCUUACAAACUUAAAACAACUGUAUGACAAACAUCUGAUUAUCAAUUGACAAAUACCUAGCAGCACAUAACUGGAAUUUUUAUAUUUUGCAGGUUCUAAUGUUCAGAAUUAUAAUGAUCUAGUUAUAUCUCAAUUUUGUGUUGUCUGUAAAGUAUCUGGAAAAAAUAUGGAAUUAUAUUAAAAGGAAUGCUUUUAUCUUUUGCUUUUCCCCAAAAUUAGAUUAAUUGUAAUAUAGUAAGGAGUUGUUAAAUGUAGUUUAUCCAAUUUAUCCUCCUCAGUGGGUAGCUAUAUGAUAAUACAGAGCUAUAAAGCUCAUCUAAGUAUUUUUGUUAAAAUAAAAGAUUAUA